GGCCGGCUGCUGCAAGUGGGACGGGGUUCAGAGCUUCAUAGAGGAAAGAAAAACCUGGGGGGGGGGAGGAGAGGAAAAGGAGGAAACCCACGCAGACAGGCAGGUGGACACACUGAGGAAGGACCUCACGAGUGAGAACCCCCCAGAAGAACACACCGCGCCCUGGCCCCCAGGAAGGGAGCACAAUGGAUGCUGCACACGCCAAGACCACAGAGGAAUGUUUGGCCUAUUUUGGGGUGAGCGAGACCACAGGCCUCACCCCGGACCAAGUUAAGCGGCAUCUGGAAAAAUACGGCCCCAAUGAGCUCCCUGCCGAGGAAGGGAAGUCCCUGUGGGAGUUGGUGGUAGAGCAGUUUGAAGACCUCCUGGUGCGGAUUCUUCUCCUGGCCGCCUGCAUUUCGUUUGUGCUGGCCUGGUUUGAGGAAGGUGAAGAGACCAUCACCGCCUUUGUUGAACCCUUUGUCAUCCUUUUGAUCCUCAUUGCCAAUGCCAUCGUGGGGGUUUGGCAGGAGCGUAAUGCAGAGAACGCCAUCGAGGCUCUGAAGGAGUAUGAACCCGAGAUGGGAAAGGUCUACCGGGCUGACCGAAAGGCAGUGCAAAGGAUCAAGGCUCGGGACAUUGUCCCAGGGGACAUUGUCGAGGUGGCCGUGGGGGACAAAGUCCCUGCAGACAUCCGCAUCCUCUCCAUCAAAUCCACCACCCUCCGGGUGGACCAGUCCAUCCUGACAGGCGAGUCUGUAUCUGUAAUCAAGCACACAGACCCUGUCCCUGACCCCCGUGCUGUCAACCAGGACAAGAAGAACAUGCUUUUCUCGGGCACCAACAUUGCAGCCGGCAAGGCCUUGGGCAUCGUGGCCACUACUGGCGUGGGCACCGAGAUUGGGAAGAUUCGAGACCAAAUGGCGGCCACCGAACAGGAAAAGACCCCCCUGCAACAGAAGCUGGAUGAGUUUGGGGAGCAGCUUUCCAAGGUCAUUUCCCUCAUCUGCGUGGCCGUCUGGCUCAUCAACAUCGGCCACUUCAACGAUCCCGUCCACGGGGGCUCCUGGUUCCGUGGAGCCAUCUACUACUUCAAGAUCGCCGUGGCCCUGGCUGUGGCUGCAAUCCCAGAAGGUCUUCCUGCCGUGAUCACCACCUGCCUGGCCUUGGGCACCCGCCGGAUGGCAAAGAAGAACGCCAUCGUGAGGAGCCUGCCCUCCGUGGAAACCCUGGGCUGCACCUCUGUCAUUUGCUCUGACAAGACAGGCACUCUCACCACCAACCAGAUGUCUGUCUGCAAGAUGUUCGUCAUCGACAGGGUGGACGGGGACAUCUGCUUGCUGAACGAGUUCUCCAUCACCGGUUCCACCUACGCUCCAGAGGGAGAGGUCUUGAAGAACGAUAAGCCAGUCCGGACAGGGCAGUAUGAUGGGCUGGUGGAGUUGGCCACCAUUUGUGCCCUCUGCAAUGACUCCUCCUUGGACUUCAAUGAGGCCAAAGGUGUCUAUGAGAAGGUCGGCGAGGCCACUGAGACAGCACUUACCACCCUGGUGGAGAAAAUGAAUGUGUUCAACACUGACGUGAAGAGCCUCUCAAAGGUGGAGAGGGCCAAUGCCUGCAACUCGGUGAUCCGUCAGCUAAUGAAGAAGGAAUUCACCCUGGAGUUCUCCCGAGACAGAAAGUCCAUGUCUGUCUACUGUUCCCCAGCCAAAUCUUCCCGGGCCGCUGUGGGCAACAAGAUGUUUGUCAAGGGUGCACCUGAGGGGGUCAUUGACCGCUGCAACUACGUGCGUGUUGGCACCACCCGGGUGCCGCUGACAACGCCAGUGAAGGAGAAGAUCAUGUCGGUGAUCAAGGAGUGGGGCACUGGCCGGGACACCCUGCGCUGCCUGGCCCUGGCCACCCGAGACACACCCCCUAAGCGAGAGGAGAUGGUUCUGGAUGACUCUGCCAGGUUCAUGGAGUACGAGACGGACCUGACCUUCGUCGGUGUGGUAGGCAUGUUGGACCCGCCCCGCAAGGAGGUCACCGGCUCUAUCCAGCUGUGCCGGGAUGCUGGGAUCAGAGUGAUCAUGAUCACUGGGGACAACAAGGGCACAGCCAUUGCCAUCUGCCGACGAAUUGGUAUCUUUGGGGAGAACGAGGAGGUGGCAGACCGCGCCUACACAGGCCGAGAGUUUGACGACCUGCCCCUGACUGAGCAGCGGGAAGCCUGCCGACGCGCCUGCUGCUUCGCCCGCGUGGAGCCCACACACAAGUCGAAGAUCGUGGAGUACCUGCAGUCCUACGAUGAGAUCACAGCCAUGACAGGCGAUGGCGUCAACGAUGCCCCUGCCCUGAAGAAGGCCGAGAUCGGCAUUGCCAUGGGAUCUGGCACUGCCGUGGCCAAGACUGCCUCUGAGAUGGUGCUGGCUGAUGACAACUUCUCCACCAUCGUGGCCGCCGUGGAGGAGGGCCGCGCCAUCUACAACAACAUGAAGCAGUUCAUCCGCUACCUCAUCUCCUCCAACGUGGGCGAGGUGGUCUGCAUCUUCCUGACAGCCGCCCUGGGGCUGCCCGAGGCCCUGAUCCCUGUGCAGCUGCUGUGGGUAAACUUGGUGACUGACGGGCUCCCUGCCACCGCCCUGGGCUUCAACCCACCAGACUUGGACAUCAUGGACAGGCCCCCCCGGAGCCCCAAGGAGCCCCUCAUCAGUGGCUGGCUCUUCUUCCGCUACAUGGCAAUUGGGGGCUACGUGGGUGCAGCCACUGUGGGAGCAGCCGCCUGGUGGUUCCUGUAUGCAGAGGAUGGGCCUCAAGUCAACUACAGCCAGCUGACUCACUUCAUGCAGUGCACGGAGCACCACCCUGACUUUGAUGGUGUGGACUGUGAGGUCUUUGAGGCCCCCGAGCCCAUGACCAUGGCCUUGUCCGUGCUGGUGACCAUCGAGAUGUGCAACGCGCUCAACAGCCUGUCUGAGAACCAGUCCCUGCUGCGCAUGCCGCCCUGGGUCAACAUCUGGCUGGUGGGCUCCAUCUGCCUCUCCAUGUCCCUCCACUUCCUCAUCCUCUACGUCGACCCCCUGCCGAUGAUCUUCAAGCUCCGGGCCCUGGACACCACCCAGUGGCUCAUGGUCCUCAAGAUCUCACUUCCUGUCAUCGGGCUUGAUGAAAUCCUCAAGUUCGUUGCUCGGAACUACCUGGAGGGGUAACCGUUCCCCCUCCUCCAACUCUUUGAACCGUGUCACAGAUCCAGAAGAUGAAAGGAGGAAGUAACCAUCCUUUUGCCCCAUCUUCCCCACCCCCUAGUGACGCAUCUUCAGCCAGAGCUGUGGCACAGAACCCCCCUCCCCUGACGUGUUUCUGUUUAUAAACACAACGUCCCCUUCUCCUUCCCUCUUAGCAACCGACCCUCCCCUUCACCCUUGUAAAUUUCCCCUUCCGGACCCUGAGGGGCUUGCAGGGACAAGGCGACCGACUGAGCUGAGCUGCUUAUUUAUUGAAAAUAAAUGACAGAAAAGUCUGGCCUUGCCUCUGUGCUCAUCUUGAAGCCGGGGUCGAGCCCCUGUG